AUGUCUUCGCCCCAGCCCGCAAACGCGCUCGAACAGCGCAUCUACGAUCUCAUGCGCCCAUUCCGCAACGAAUGUUAUGAAGCGCCCGACACUGUUGUCGAUCAAGUCGCCGCCACCAAUCGCGCUAUCAAACUCGAGCGCAGGAUCCUCGUUCUAGCUCAGAACAUCGCAUUCCUCGCACACAACGACGUCGCCAGCACCGGACAGACGCUCAACGCCUCCGACAUCUUCGUGGUGAUGAGAGGUUGGACGGGAGACGGAGUGGCGAAAAAGGGUGGUGCGAUUGCUGUUCUUGCACGCUAUCCGGAGGGUACUACGGGCGUUGUCAAAGCUACGUUCGACGCUGGUGUCAGUGUCGUUGACGCACUGUGUACGAAAGUUGACGAGAUGCUUGCUGCGAGCUUCUGA